UAUUAAUUGAAGUUUUAUGGUAUUUGUGUUAUAUUUUUUACAUGUUACAUUUUGUAGAAUUUUUAAUUACUUUUGUUACUUAUUUUUUAGAUUGAAAGUUAAUGCCAGUCUGCUGCCAUGACAUAACAACAGUCUAACCAGUCGUACGAGUUUGCCAGCAUUUACAGAAGUUUCAGCGUUGCGUUUGGGAACCUACCGUCUUAAGUCACUACCUGAAGAGCAGGAAGAAGAUUUCCUGUAACCUCAUUUUACAGGAACACUUCAAACCUGAUGGCAGGAACAAGUCCGAUCUAUGAAGAGGACUUACUUUGUCCUCAGUGCUCUGGGAUUUAUUGCGUUCCUGUUCUCCUAAAAUGUGGCCACAAUAUUUGCAGAGUUUGUUUACAGAAAUUCUGGGAAUGGAAAGGAUGUCGAGAAUGUCCUGUGUGUCGCACCGUGGCUGUCCCUGGGAGGCCUCCUAUCAAUUUGGCCCUAAAGAUAGCUGCAGACCAAUACCAGAUGUUAAAGACCGGCAGGAAUGAAGAAGUUUGUCGUCUUCACAACGAGAAGCUGAAGAUUUUUUGUCAGAAUGACGAAGAGCCCAUCUGUCUCGUCUGCCAAACAUCAAAACGGCAUAAAGUUCAUGAGUGUUGUCCAAUAGAGGAGGCGGCCCAGCAGAAAAAGACUGAAAUCUCAGCCAUGCUGGAGCCCUUGAGGAAGAAGCUCAGAAUACUGACCAAGACAAAGGAGCACUGGGAGGAAACAAAAACCUAUAUUCAGACCCAGGCUUCUCAAAGUGAAAAAGCAAUUAAGGAGGAGUUUGAGAAGCUACACCUGUUCCUUCUGGAGGAGGAAAACACCAGACUCAAAGUGCUCAAACAGGAAGAGGAAAUUAAGAACCAGGUGAUGUGCGAGAAGCUGGAAAAUAUCAAGGUUCAGAUGAAAACGCUUUCUACCACCAUCAGUGAUAUCGAGAUGACCCUCAGAGCGAAGGAUUUAACAUUUUUAAAGGACUACAAGCAAACAAAGAAAAGGGUCAGAUGCAACAUUAAAGAGCCAGAGUUAAUCAGAGAUAUUCUCAUUAACUCUGCAAAACAUCUGGGGUCACUGAAGUUUGGAAUUUGGAAGAAGAUGGCUAACAUGGUCACAUGUGCUCCCAUCACUCUGGAUCCAAACACGGCCCAGACCAACUUAAGGUUCUCUGAAGAGUUGACCUGUGUACAAUACAGCAGUAAGCAGCUCUUACCUGACAACCCUGAACGCUGCACCAGCCGUGUGUGCGUGCUGGGAGCCACUGGCUUCACAUCCGGAAAGCACAGCUGGACCGUAGAGGUAGGCCAAGGCAAAGACUGGUACAUCGGAGUGGCCCAAGAGUCCAUCAAAAGGAAGAGUGCCGUCUUCCUCAAUCCGAUUGAGGGUUUCUGGGUGAUUGGCCUGUGCAACGGAGACUCAUUCUGGGCUCAGACCUCGCCUCGCACCAAGCUCGUGUUGAAACAGAAGCCUGAGAAGAUUACUGUAAAACUGGACUACGACAAAGGAAAGGUCGUUUUCAUCAAUGCUGCCGACUUGACAACAAUACACACAUUCAGUGACAGAUUUACAGAGAAGCUUUUCCCAUACUUCUCCCCUGGAUUGUUUGAAGACGGGAAAAACUCCAGCCCACUGACAAUCUGUCCUCUGACAAUAACUGUGAAUGCAGAGUAGACUCAUACACAAUAGACAUAGUGUGUGUGUUAUAGCUGCUAGAGCUACACAACAAAAAUAACUUAUAAAUGAGUGAGUUUUUUCCAAAGGUCUAU